AAUAUUUCGGGCUCGAAUGUACCACCUUCAACAAAUUGAGUCUCACUCUCGCCUCAUCCCUCUCAUUCACUCACUCUCGCCUCUCUCUCCUCUCUAUCUCUUCACUCUCGCCUCACUCACCUGUCUCUUGAAGGAGUACGAAGGACGACGAGACGGUGGACGAACGACGUGGGAGGACGACGGAGGACGACGAACGACGACGGAGGACGGACGACAGCCUGCGACAGCGAAUCUGAGGUAAACCUGAAAUCGGAAAGUUUGGGUGUCUUUACAAUUGCCUCAAAAUGAUUCUAAAUGGGUGCUCCUUGGUUUCGGGGAGUGCAAUAAGCAACUCAAAGUCCUAUUACUCGGCUUCUACAAGCAUCCAUCGUUUGCCUAGCAAAGUUUCAUUUUCUGGCAUUAAGAUUUCAUGGGGACCUUAUCAAGAACUAAAAUUACGGUCUUCCAAAGAAAGUACUCUUCUGCAUCUUGCCGCUGCAUCAACAUCUCUUUUAAGUGGCGAACAAGGUAGCUUAUCGCAUACAAUACCCAUGCUACCUAGGCGGCAACGAUCUCUUAAAGCCCCAAGAGCAUCCAAGGAUGUCCCAUACAGUUUCCGAUACCCUGCAAUGACCAAGAAGCCAAGAUGGUGGUGGAGAACUCUAGCAUGCCUCCCAUAUUUAAUGCCACUCCAUGAGACAUGGAUGUAUGCUGAAACGGCAUAUCAUCUCCACCCAUUCUUGGAAGACUUCGAAUUCUUGACAUACCCAUUUUUGGGAGCUAUUGGGAGAUUACCAAGCUGGUUCUUAAUGGCAUAUUUCUUCGUGGCAUACCUUGGCGUGGUGAGGAAAAAGGAAUGGCCCCAUUUUUUUAGGUUUCAUGUGGUGAUGGGCAUGCUGUUGGAGAUUGCGUUGCAGGUUAUAGGGACUGUGAGCCGUUGGAUGCCACUUGCUGUUUACUGGGGUAAGAUUGGUAUGCAUUUUUGGACCGCUGUUGCAUUUGCUUACCUCUUCACAGUACUGGAGUGCAUGAGGUGUGCCCUAUCUGGGAUGUAUGCCGAUAUCCCAUUUGUGUGUGAUGCAGCAUAUAUUCAAAUACCAUAUGAUUAAGGAACAUGUAUGUGAUUCAGAUUUGGCUCUGCUUUUGGGAUUUGUUUUUUUUUGCUAUGCUAUUAUCUAUGACAUUUCUAUGCCUUUUGUAGUUCGGCCACUCCCAAGAGUUUUAUGAAUUUUCAGACUCUGUGUUUAAAUUUUCAGUCUGGUUAACAGCAAGGAUAACAAACUUCAAAA